UGUCGGCGCAGGGCUCUGUGUGCAGUUGCAAAAAUAUUACCGCGAGUUUGUUGGAAAACGAAAAUAAAUUUACCUGUUUGUGUUUUAAUAGUGAUUCGAAAUGCAACAAUUUACGCGCAAAGAAAACUUUCUAAUAGCCAAUACCCUAAAUUGUAUACCAUUUCUAUUGCAAGGCCAAUCAGUGUUAAUAGAUUUGCGCAAUGAUUGCUCCGUAGCAGGACGCAUUGACAAUGUUGAUGGCCAUAUGAACAUUAAUCUCACGGAAGUGGUUUUUAUUAAUCGUUUGGGACAACAGUUUCCUUUUGAAGAGUUCAUGAUAAGAGAACGUAUGAUACGGCAACUACACAUACCCCAACAUAUAGAUAUGACCAAAGAAAUCAAAGACUGGUGUGAGCAGGGCUGUCUUAAGAGGCCACCAAGAACACGGGAUGCAAAUAAAGGUAAAAGAACCUUUAAACAGAAGCGGGCGCAAGAAAGACACCGUGAAAUAUUGCAGAAUAUUGAAAAAUCUAAACAACAAGGUGAGUCUAAAGAAAAUUAAGUUUUUUUCUUAUAAAAAAUGGAAAAGCUUCCUUAUAAGACAUCA